AUGUCGACCUCAGAGCUGGCGAAUGACGACUUGUCCCUCACGUAUGAUGACAACUGGUACAUGUACGAACCAGCUGGAGACCAAGAUGACACAGCGCACGUCAUUCCAGAUUGCUUUCCCACCAUCCCCUACGACCUCUUCCACGCCUGCAUGGCCCCCGUGUCGCUGGCCCUGUUGCUGCUUCUCUCUCUGCUGGUGAAACGGAAGAAACUCUGUAAGAGUUGUUGGGAUGUUGCUCCCGGGCUGCUGAGCCCCGUGAAUUUCUUGGAAGAAGACGGGAACAGGGUCCCGGCCGUAGCGGUGUUUGGCAUCCUCUUCUCCUCCUUAAGUGUGCUGGUUCUCGAUAGUGACCCUCUGCCCUUCGUUGCCAACUCUGCAGCAGAGAACCGAGAGUACUGGAAGAUCAUGGCUUUGCUCUAUUACCCCGCCUUCUACUACCCCUUAAUCGCAUGUGCCAAGCUCCGACACCGAGCCGGCUACUUUCUUGGCUGCUUGCUGGCCUGGAGCCACUGCCUGGUCCUCCUCUGGCAGAAGGUGGAAUGCCCCCAGUCGGCCAAGAUCUAUAGGUACUAUUCCCUGCUUUCUUAUCUCCCCAUCAUCCUGUGCCUUGUGAUUCUGAGCCUUUGGUAUCCAGCGCAGCUUGUCAAAAGCCUCAGACAGAAGGAGAGGAUGGCUUAUGAGAAGGUACCUGGAAGUGACUAUUACAAGGACUACCUGAAGAAUGUCCUGGCUAGAAGAGCACCCAAGAUAAGCACCAGCAAAGGCAAGCCGAGCGUCCUUUCGAGACUCCAGGCCUACUUGCGAUCUUACAUCUACACACCCCAGGAAGGGUUCCAGAUCCCCCUGAAGCUGCUGCUGUCGCAGGCCGUGGCCGUGAUAGCCGUCUAUCAGGUGGCCCUCCUGUUGCUGGUGGCAUUCGUCCCCCACAUCCAGAUCAUCAGGUCAGGGAUGACGAAGGAGCUGACCGCCCUCUUCGUCCAGUUCGGCAUUGUCCCAGCUGAAAAUCCGGCGGGAAUCCCUGGAGACAAGGAGCUGGAGACGCUGAAGCACUACAUCUGGUCCCUGGAAGUGUGCUUCGUCUCUUCCCUGGUCGCCUCCUGCCUGCUGACCUUCUGCAUGUUGAUGAAGUCCAUGGUGAAGCACCGGAUCAACCUGCAGCGUCUCUACCGUGGGGCAGUCGCGGAAGUGUUCCACCGUCCCCGGAAACUGCGGCCUUCCCAGCAAGCCCUUGUGUGCUGGAUGUGUUUUGUGGGCUUCCAGGCGGCCUUUGCCUGCUUGGGCCUGCUCGUCCAGCACGUGGCCUUCUUCGUCUGCGCCGUGGGCUUCACGUUCCUGGUGGCCAUCCCCCUGCAGUCCGGCACCAACAUGCACCUCUUCAGAAUCAUGGGCAACAUGUGGCCCUUCUGGCUGACUUUGGUGGCCGCUGUGAUUGCACAGAACCUGUUGACUCACUACUGUUUCCUUGAGCGUGGCCACCCACCCAAGGGGCUGACCAACAGGCGAGCUCUGUACCUUGUGACAUACCUGCUCUUCCCGAUCAAUGUGCUCGUGGGGGUUUUGGCCGGGGUCUGGAGGAUGGUUCUGUCUGCUCUUUACAACAUCGUCCACUUUUGCCAGUUGGAUGAGAGCCUCCUAGGCCACGGUGUUGAGGCCUUUGAUCCAGGCUACCGCACUUACUGCCACUGCCUGAAAAUCGAGGUCAGCCAAGCCCACCCGAUGAUGAAGGCCUUCUGUGCGCUGCUUCUGCAACUGCAUCACCCCCCGGGGCUGGCAGGGCUCCGGCCGAGGAACCUGGAAGAAGGGGUCAAGCUGGUGCAGGCCAAGAAGCUGGCAUCGAAAACGUCUCGGCGCAAGCAGACCCGUGCCCGGUGGUGCUUGGCAUACAGUCUCCUCAAGAACCCCUCCCUUCUGCCCUACCGGAAGGGGGCUCUGUCAGACAGCAAAGCCAAUGGGAUGCAGGCCGGCCAUGAGGAGCCUUGA